AUGAGGUUCAUUUUCGCGACUGUUUGGUACAUUUUCCUUUGGGUUACCACCACAUUUGCAGUCCCGACCAGUGAUCAACUUUUGCAAAAUGCACUCCCAAUACCUCCCACAGAUGAUCCCUUUUAUGUCCCACCAACAGGACUUGAAGAUUCUCAACCAGGCACGAUCUUACGCAGCAGAUCAAUAGACGACCUUUCAAUUGGAGGUGUCAUGCCAUUCCAAGUCAAGGGCGCACAUCAACUUCUCUAUAGAACGACUGAUAGCUUGGGUGAUGCAUCAGCAGCAGUCACAACAAUCAUUGUGCCAAAGAAUGCGAACUCAUCGAGGUUACUAUCCUACCAAAUGGCGACAGACGCUGCGUGGCCAAAUUGUGCACCAUCUUAUAUAUUACAGUUGGGAUCAAGUUUAAAAAAUGGGGGCUCUGGUGCGGCUGAGACCUUGCUGGUCAUUGCUGCUCUCAAUCAAGGGUGGAUAGUCAAUCUUCCCGAUUACGAGGGCCUUCAAUCAGCCUUCACUUCCGGUAUACAAGCUGGUCAAGCGACUCUUGAUUCUGUUCGUGCGGCUCUGUCAUCUGGGGAUUUGACUAGCAUUUCAUCUCAAGCCGAGUAUCAAAUGUGGGGCUACUCUGGCGGAUCUCUGGCUUCUGAAUGGGCAGCAGAACUUCAACCUUCCUACGCACCAGAGCUUAACUUUAAGGGAACUGCUUUGGGUGGUCUUGUACCGAACAUUACAUCUGUGAUGCUCUCCUCUAACAAAGGUCUCUUCACUGGUUUAAUUCCCGCUGGAGUUAUCGGUCUGACCAAUGGUUACCCAGAAUUGAAAGAAUAUCUUCUUAAAAACCUUGUUCCAUCAACAGCUUCCAAAUUUUACAAAGCAUCAACUCAAUGUUUAGGUGUCAACAUCGCAAGCUUCCUUGGACAAGACAUAGGUGUAUAUCUUGAUAAUGGACUAUCAACCCUAUUUACCAAUGUUGCAAAGGAUGUCCUGGCCAUCACCGGACAAAUGGGUAUAUAUGGGACCCCAAAUAUGCCGAUAUUUCUCUAUAAGGCGAUCGGUGAUGAGGUUUCGAAAGUCGAGGAUACAGAUACUGUUGUCAGCAAGCUUUGCUCUCAAGGAGCUAAUAUCAAAUAUGCUCGUGAUAUGUUUGGGGGGCAUGCUACUGAAGCGAUUACUGGUGCGGGCGAUGCGUUUACGUUUCUAAUCGACAGGUUUAAUGGCGUUCCUAUCGCAUCUGGAUGCACGAUAAAUAAUGUCUGGACGAUAACUUUUAAUCCUAGGGCUAUCACCGCACUGGGACCUACGAUUGCCGCUGCAUUGUUAGCGUUACUGCAAGUCCCUGUUGGCCCUUCGGAUAUGUUUUAA